CGGGGACUUCCCAAACCGUGAGGAUGUGGAAUACAUAAACGACAUCAAUCAGCAAACUCUAGAGAAUGAAAGCCGGGUCUUUGAACGCCUGGGCAACUAUCAAGGCAUUAUCCCCCAUUUCCGAACAUCCAAGUAUGGAAUUGAGUUAGCCCUAGCACAAGGAGAUCUUGAAUCCUAUCUAGAAACCUAUUCCGAGCGCGAGAACGCCCUGAAAACCACCUGGAUGUGUUGUCUCAUUGACACCUUCUCACACGUCCACUCUCGCCGAGUCUUUGUGGAUGAUAUUGCUCUGCGCAAUAUCCUAGUCCUGGAUGAGCAGCUUAAACUUGCAGAUUUCGGACAAUCCAUCUUGUUGCCACUCGAUGUCGAUAUUACUGCUGCAAAUGAAAACGACUUGAAUAUUCAGAUUGAGAUCCUUCAUCUUGGCUGGAUUCUCUAUUCCAUUGCAUCCUGGCGCGUCCAUAAAUACUAUUUCUUCAAUCCUAAGAACCCGGACCUAGUUUGGCCUGCACCAGACUCAUUCCCACAUCUUGACGGUGUUCUCUUUGGGCAAAUAAUCAAGAAGUGCUGGCGUGGUGAAUAUGCGACUAUGGAUGAUGUGAAAGAUGAGGCUCGCCAAUUGCUCGCUAGUGACUAAAGUCAUGCUGGUGCCGGUUCUCU